AUGGAUGAUCCAUCGUUAUUACCGUUUUUAAAUAAUAAUGGUAAUGGACAUCAUUAUUCAAUUAAUAUGGAUGAUGAUAUUGAACAUGAAGAAGAUGAAUUAGAUGAGGAUGAUGAUGAAGGAGAAGACGAUGAGGAUGAAGUUGAUGAUGAUGAUGAUGAUGAUGCUAAUCAUGUUGAAGAAGAUAUUUUAGAAAAUUUUGAACAAAUUCAACAAUAUCCUGAAGAUGAAAUUGAUGAAGAUGAAAUUGAAGAAGAUGAUAUUGAUGAUGAAGAAAAUCAAGAUGAACAAGAAAUUCUUUUACCAGAAAAACAAUCAUCAUCAUCACCAUCAAUAUCAUCUCAACAACAACCAAUACAAAAUGAACGUGGUGGACGUCGAAAAGGUGUACCACGUCGUUUACAAUUAUCUCCACAAAUAAUAAAAACUUCACAACAACGUUUAUUACCAUUAUCAUUAUCAAAAUCUUCAUUAAAUAGUGUUCAUCAUCAUGAACAAUCAAUAUUAACAUUUGAUCAAGAAGAUAUUAAUGAAAAUCAUUCGAAUGAUUAUUAUCAAGAUAAACAAGAAAAUUGUUUACAAUUAGAUUUAUUAAUACAUAAUAAUCAAGAUAAUUAUGAUGAAAAUAAUAAUUAUAAUGAUGAUGAAAAUAUUUUAGAAAUUGUUGAUGAUAUUUUAGCAGAUAUUGUUACAAAAAUUGUACAAGAUAUAAGACAAGAAAAACAAAUAAAUUUUAAACAACAAAUAAUUAAUAGUAAAACUAAUGGAUAUUUAAAUCAUAAAUUAUCAACAAAUAAUUUAAAUAAAUCAUUACAAAAACAAGAAAAAAAAAUUACAAAUGGAAAACAUAAUAAUAAUAAUAAUGAUUUUAUUCAAACAAAUAGGAUAAAAUCUUUGAAAUCUCAAUCUCAACAAUCUUUAUCAUCAUCAUCAUCGUCAUCAUCAAAAAUAUCUGAUUCAUCAAUAUUAUUUAAUGAAUUUACUAAAAUGAUGCAUUUAAAUUCUCAACAACAAUUAGUCAAACAUAAACAUUCAUCAUUUUCAUCACCACCAUCAGUUAAACGACAAAAAACAUCUGAAACAUUAUCAUCAUCUCAACCAACAACACCAUUAUCAUUACAACAACAACAUCAACAACUUCUAUGGCAAAUGACACAACAAUUAAUGAUGUCAACACAAUCAAAUGAUACAGAUACAUCAUCUUUACUUAAGCAACAAUUACUUGGUUUAACACCACCAGGUACAAUACCUAAACGAGUUGGUCGUCCACCAAAACAACAACAACAAACACAACCACAAAUAAUGCGUUCAAGUACAAAUAUGAUUCCACCAACAUCUCAUUCAUCUACAAAUACUUCACCAUAUGAACGUGGAAAUUUUGCACCUAGACGUCGAGGUCGACCACCAAAAUAUGUUACUGAACGUGGAAUUUUACCUGGUCUAUCUUCACAUGAUCUUGAUCCAUCAUCAUAUGAUCAAUUAUUUGCUGCUAUUGAAAAUAGUGUUACUGGAAAUUCUCCACGUACAUCAUCUGCAGCAUUUCAAUCAGCAUUAGCAUCUAUGCUUGGACAUCAAUCUAAUUUAUCAAUACCACCGCCUAUACCUCCUUCAGCUGUAAGAAAUGGUACACCAGCAUCAAUGGUUAAACAGUCAGCUGGUCAAACACGUCAUAGUUUACCAGCAUCAUCAAAUACUUCGAAAUUAUCACAUGUAUUAGGAGGAACAGGUAAUGGACUUGAUAUACCAUUAAUGGCAACAAAAAAACGUGGUCCUGGUCGACCACCGAAAAGUCAAAUGUUACUUGAUUCUCAUCAAGUUUUACAAGCAACUAAACGAAUGAAUUCAUCUUCAUCAUUAUCAAAUAAUACUAGUAAUAAUAAUAAUAAUAAUAAUAAUUUUCCAUCAACAAUGGUUCCGUCAUCACCAACUUCCUUUAAUUUAAAUGCUGCUUUUGUUGAUAUGUUACAACAACAACCACAUCCACAUUGA